GCGCCGCUGUCGCCCCACAGAGGACGCUGGGAGUUGUAGUCUGCCAAACGGAGGUGGCCUGAGAAGGGGAUGAAGUGGGGCGAGCCCUCCCGCAGAGCACGCUGGGAGACAGCCCGGGCCAUCCCUCGCCCUGGUUGAGCGACAGCCCGGGCCAUCCCUCGCCCUGGUUGAGCGGGUGCGGCUCUGGGUCCUAGGAGCAACGGGCGGGAAAAGAGGGAGAUUCCGUGGACAUUGCCGCGCAAGGCACGAUGGGAAGAGAGGCGGGAGGCCGCGCUGGGCAUCUCGGGAGCAAGGGCAGGGCCGAGCCUCGGCGCGGGGCAUUGUGGGAGGUGGACGCCGCUCCGGGGCGGGUAGGUGCCCCAGGAUGGAGAGGCUGGAGCCCUCACCAGGCACAACUGUGGGGCAGGAGGAGCAGGAGCUUCGGGAGCGGGCUUUCUUCUCAUGGGCAGAGUUCAGCCGCUUCUUCGAUGCGUGGUGCCAGCAGCGGCUGGCGCUCUUCUUCGUCAAGAGUUCCAUGCACUUGGCACGCUGCCGCUGGGCCAGCACACCUCCACUCUACACGCUCAUCGACGUGCUCAAGUACAGCUAUGUGCGGCUUGUGUGCAAGGACGUGCGUGCGCCCAGCCGGCCUGUUGUGGGGCCCCCUCAGCCUGGCUGCCCCGCCUUCAUCAUCGUCAAGCUGAGCCCGCUGCGGGACCGCCUCGUGGUGACUGAGUGCCAGCUGACCCACUCGCACCCAGCCUGCCCGCUUGAGUUCGCCUACUACUUCCGCCCAGGCCACCUGCUGGCUAACGCCUGCCUACCCGUGCGCACCACCAACAAGAUCUCCAAGCAGUUUGUGGCCCCGGCUGAUGUGCGCCGCCUGCUCUCCUACUGCAAGGGCCGCGACCAUGGAGUCCUUGAUGCCCUGCAUGUGCUCGAGGGGCUUUUCCGCACCGACCCCGAGGCCAAGGUGGGGUCUCUGGAGACGCAGGAUGGGGGCGGGGGAAAGCCACUCCAAGGAUUCAUGGGUGCUCAUUCAUGCAUCUGCCAUCCUUCAUCCAUCCAUCCUUCCAUCCAUCCAUCCAUCCAUCCAUCCAUCCAUCCAUCCAUACGUCCAUCCAUCCAUCCACUCACCCAUCCCCCCCGUCCAUCCAGGUACCUGCUGAGGCAUUGGGAAUGCAGCUGCGAGCAUUACAGAGCGCUGGCGGAGCUGCGAGCCCAUGGCCCUGCGGCAUUCGUCGACUACUUCGAGCGAAACUGGGCGCCCCGCCGCGAUAUGUGGGUGCGUUUCCGUGCCUUUGAGGCAGCCCGCGAUCUGGACGCUUGUGCCCUGGUGCGCGGCCACCGCCGCCGACUGCUUCGACACCUCAGCCCCUCUCGCAGCGUGGCGCAGUGCCUUCACGACCUGGUGGCUAUGCAGUGGGCCGACGCGUCUGUGGAGUCGGUGCCCGAGGGCUCAGACAGCGGGUGUGUUUGGCUGGAGGACUAUGCAGGGAGAAAGGCUCAGGCGGAGAACGAGACAGUGAGGGGCCUAGAGAUCAGAGAAUGGAGAGGGUCUUUGAAAGAAGGGAGUAUUUGCAGUGGGGCCCAGUUGGUGAAAGAGUGGGCAAGAGGUCUGGAGACCAGAGGCCAGGGCGGGGCCCUGUUGGAAAGUGAGGAGAGCAGGUUGCAAAUGAGAGCUCGGAGAGGGGCUCAGUUAGAGAACCAGAAGGUGACGGGACUAGGUGGUGUCUGGAGAGGGUCCCAGUUGGACAAAGAACAUCUGAGAGGGCCAGAGAUCAGAGACUGGAGGGGGGCCCAGUCUGAGGGUGAGAAAUAUUGGGGACUGGAAAGUUAUGCCUGGAGAGGGGCCCGUUUGGAGGACCAGAGGCUAAGGGGAUUAGAGGAGUGUACCUGGAGGAUGGACCUGUUGGGGGAUCAAAAGAUUAAGGUGCCGGAGACUGCAGACGGGAGGGGGACCCACUUGGAGAAUGAGAGGGCCAGGAGUCUUGAGGGAAGCCCCUGGAGAGGGGCCCAGUUACAUGAGGAAAGGGCAGAUGGACUAAAAAUCAGAGACUGCAAGGCACCCCAGUUUGAUGCAGAGAAGAGCCGGGAGCUAGAGGUUAGAACCUGGAGGGGUGUCCGUUUGGAGAAGCCCUCGGAGUUGGCCCCUGAGAAUGGAGACCAAAGGGGGGCCCACUGGGCAGACAAGAAGAGGAGAGAGACAGGGAUUGCAGAGCAGAGAGGAGUGAGGUUGAGGAUCAAAAGAAGGGGCCUGGAGGACAUGGUUCUGGGCCAGGCAGGUGGCACAAGUGUUGCUGGCAUGGAGAACGGAGACAGAGGGGCAGGCCGGUGCGCAGGCCCCAACAGCAGAGAACAAGGGCUGGAGUGGGGGAACACAGGAGGGAGGUGUCUGGGGCCUGAGAGUGGCAUCUUAGCCGGCACCACUGCAGGGACUGUGUUUGAGGGCAGUCUGGAAUGGGCAGCCAUGAGGACUGAGUGCCUGGCUGCAGGGGACAGCCCUCAGGAAGGAGGUGAAGAAGGCCCAAGGGAACCAAAGAGGCUUUGCCACCCUGCGGGAGAGGAAGGGGUGGACUGGGAGCCCCUGGCCAAAUUCCGAGCAGCCUGUGGACCAGAGCUGGCAGACCUGGUGGCCGAGGAGCUGGCCUUUGCCAGGCAACAUGGGAUUCAGGGUUUCCACUGGACUGGAGCUGGCUUUGCCCUUAAAGACGGCACCUCGGACUUCUACCUGGACAGGGCCCUGACGCGCUGCAGCUGCUCUAUCCACGCGGCCCGGCACCUACCCUGCCGACACCUUUUCGCAGCACGCCUCCUCACCGGAGCAGCCUUAUUCCACAUGGACCUGCUCAGGGAUUGCUGGGGGAGAGCCCCUGAGCCCUGACCCUGCAGGCCCCUGCCCAGCACUCUCCACUGUGAGAGCAGAGGGCAUUCUUUGAUCCCAAAGAUAAGGCUGAAGCCAGGUCCGCUGGCCACCCUCUGGGUCAUGCAAGGACCUCCUCUUGGCUGUCUCCUUCUCUGGGACUGAGGGCAAGUUGGCAGUGGUCUCAGGACCUGGAGCCAGAGCUGGGGGCGGUGUUGAUGGCCAGGGUGGGUUCUGAGGGAAGCCCUCAGUAUGGGAAAUGUGUGACAAGAGGUGUGGACAGGGUCUGGCCCAGGCGGAGGAAGGGAAGAGGCAGAGCUGCAGGGGGGGAUGUUGAGGUUAGGGGCGCACAACAAGAUGUGGGCAGAGACCAGAAGGAGUCAGCUGACCCAUCUGGGGAGCACUGGGGCAAAGGGAGGAAAUAUAGUACUUGACAGAUAGGGGUAGGGGAGGAAAGACGGAAGAGGAAACAAGUAAAGGAGGGAGGACCCGAGAAGAGGCAGAAAUGGAGAAAAUGAGGAAAACCAUGAGAGGCAGAGGGGUGGGGGUGGGGGAGACAAGGAUGGUGGAGAGGGAAGGGCAAAGGGAGAGGAGACAAAGGUAAGUGUGGGCGAUGGGAGAGAAGAAGUGGGAGGCAAGCAAUUUGGGUAUUUGUCUAAGCCCUUUCCUCUUCUGGUUGGUCUUUCCUGGAAGAGAGUGUGAGAGAGGGCAGCGGGAGUCUAGUCUGGAGAAAUGGGUGGAGAUUCCAGCCAGGGAGGGAAACUGUCUGGGGCAGUGUGCUUUGAGAUUGGAAUAAAACAUUA